AUGACAAACAGAUUAGAGACACAACCAGCUGAACUAAAUCGAGUUCCUGAAACUCUUCUAAAAAAAAGAAAAGAACAAGAAAGAAAAACAGCAGAAAAAGUUGCAUCAAUUAUUAAAAAACGAAAGCAAUAUGUUAAAGAAUAUCGCAUUGGUGAACGUCAAGAGAUUCGUAUGCGUCAUUUGACUAAUUCAAAUCUCGAUUUGAGUGUUCCAGAACAAGCAAAGUUAUUAUUUGUUAUACGCAUUAAUAAACAACAAAAAAUUCUUAAUAUUUUUCGUUUAAAUCAAAUUAAUACUGGUGUUUUUGUUCGUUUGAACAAAUCAAUUAAAAUAAUGCUUCAAUUAGUAAAUCCAUAUGUUGCAUAUGGUGUUCCUAAUUUAAAAUCUGUUCAUGAACUUAUUUAUAAACGUGGAUUUGCCAAAAUAAAUAAAAAACAAGUCCCUAUAAGUGACAAUUUAAUGAUUGAAGAGAGUUUGGGAGAUGUUGGAAUAAUUUGUGUUGAAGAUUUAAUUCAUGAAAUUUUUACUGUUGGACCAAAUCACCCACUCUUGCCAUACAAAGUUGCUAUUGGCAUUCUUGAUUUUGGCUUUGGUACGAUUUUCCCGAUUAAUAUUAAUUUGGCUACUUUUAAAUUCCUUGAACAAGGUGAAGCAUAUGAAAAAUUUGGGAUCAACAAUUCAACCAAAAAAAGAAGGCUUGGAGACCUGUCAACAGAAUCUAAUAACUCAAAUAUCUCUUCUGAAAUAAAAAAAUUAGAACAUGUACUUGAGAAAAGGAACACAACUCAAACUGCCGUCAAAUCCUUAGCUGGAUGUAUCUUGGAUGCCAUUUAUGCUAAUUGUCCCUUUUAUAAACUUUAUACCUUAAUUCCUACCAAUGAUUAUUUUACCUAUGAGAAACUUGUGAAUAAGCCACAGAAGCUUCUUUGGAAAACUGAAAUGAAAGAUGAACAAAAAAUUGUUGUUAAAUUCACACAUGAUUAUAAUAAAGGGUACACGAAUUAUGCAAUGCAAUUGGAAAGGCACCAGGAUUGUAUUGUGUUGAGGAAAUAUGGGUUCUAUAUAGUGGUAAUAGAACACAUUGAUGGUAAUCAGCUUGAUAAAUGUGAUUUGCUAAAGACAUUGAAGAAAAUUGCAUGA